CGACUGAACACCGAGUAAUUUGGAUUUCUGUUGGCUAGAACAGCUGCCAUUUUCCACUAGAAAGCAGAGGCCAAAGGUCUAGUCAUGGACCCCCGUGCAAGUGCCCAGCACGUGAUACACUGUGACAUAUGUGAGACUGUUAAAGUACAGAUGCACUGUGACACGUGUCUCGUAAUCCUGUGCAAGGCCUGUGUGGGAGAACACAUCUCUACCGAUGAAUCCAAGGAUCAUAAAGUGGUCAAAUAUGAAAUGAGGAAUUCCACUCCCCUUUACCCCGAAUGUGCCUCUCAUGGAAAAGAACGAUGUGAGAUGUUCUGUAGAAACUGUGACAAUUCCGUCUGUGGCAGUUGCCUCUCAUCUGAUAAACAUAUGAGCCAUAAAUUAUCAAAAGUCGUAGAAGUUCUGGAUGAAAAGAAAGAUAAGAUAAACAAAUACAAAUCUCAGUUAAAUGAACACGUUAAUCCCAAAUACCUGGAGAUGGAAUCUGAUAUACAAAACAAAAUAAGUGAGUUAGAAAAGGAAUAUGAAAAACUCUUAACCUCUAUAACAAGUCAGGGAGAGGUCUUGCAAAGAGAAAUCAACAAACUUGUCAAUCAACUUAAAAACCAGGUUGAUGAAAUGAAAAGAUCGCAGUUACAAACUUUACAGAAAAUUCUUGAUGAAAUUAACAAGAAAAUUAUUGAUAUAAGAGAUGAAAUCAAUGUAUUAGAUAUUGCAAAAGACUCAAAUGACUUUUCAAAAAUCUUCAGCUUACAAGUCUCUAUAGAACAACAUAAAAACUUUCCAAAAAUACCUAUUUUGUCUGCCCCAAACUUUACACCGAAAGUUAUCCAAGAAGACGAACUUUGUUCUCUCUUUGGAAAUUUCUCUUCAAUUCCUCUUAAAUCAAAACAAUUUGGAAACAUUCCGGAAACAACGAAAGAAAUCUCACUUAAAUCACAUAAGAAAAGUCCCCCUCAUGCAGUUAAACAGGGAUCAGUAAAAGUUUCUCUUCCGUAUAAAAAGCUGCGUAAUGAACCAGAGAUUUUCGACAAGCGCAUUUAUCAUUAUGGCUACCUUCGAAAUAUUGCAUGUUUUGGAGAUGAAAAAAUAUGGGCCUGUGAUGAAAGCUGUACCAUGACACUCUACAGCAUAAAUCAGGGUUUAAUCAAGUCAAUCAGAACAAGGACAAUAAACAGGAGCCCAACAGACAUAGCAGUGACAAGAAAUGGAGAGCUAGUGUAUACAGAUCAAUGGGAGAGAACUAUUAACAUUGUGAAGAGUGGAACUAAAGAAGAAGUGAUAAGAGUAGAAAAAUGGAAACCUCUAGGUGUCUGUAGAACCUCCUCCAGCGACCUUCUCUUUACUAUGGAAAGUGAUGAUAAACAGUCCAAAGUUGCCCGGUACUCUGAUUCAACAGAGAAACAAUCCAUUCAGUUCGAUGAUAAAAAGGCACCUCUUUAUUCAUCGGAUGGUUCUCAUAAAUUUAUAUGUGAGAACAGGAACCUUGAUAUCUGUGUGGCUGACUGUGGAGCUAAAGCAGUAGUGGUGGUCAAUCAGGCCGGGAAACUGAGAUUCAAAUAUUCUGGACAAGCUCCUCUUCCAAGGUAUAGAGCAUUCAAUCCAAGAGGAAUCACUAGAGACAGUCAAAGUCACAUCCUCACGACUGAUUAUGAUAAUAACUGUGUCCAUAUAAUAAGCGAGAAUGGACAGUUUCGUCGUUACCUAAAUUUACCAUUUAUGCUCUUGGUGGGUUGUGUACAAAUACAGAUGACACUCUGUUUCUUAUUGCUUGGAAAUAUUUCUUCAGUCUGUCAAGCUCUCUUGAGAAAAUCAAAUACCUGCAUUAACCGACAUUGGUCACUUACCGGACAAUUUGUUCAGAAAUAG